AUGUACAUCACCCUCUACUUUCUCGUCACCCGUCUCCCUGAGUCUCUUUGUGUAGUUAGGGACCAGUUUCUCUUUGUCUGUCCCACCACCCUCACUGUCGACCUCCUCGAGAAGUCCCUGCUAGCGGCCGAGAAGAGCAUAGUCGCUGUAGGGGCCUCUCGUGGUGACCCUCGCACCCCCAUCUUUGAGGGGUGUUCUCCUUCCCCCCUGUUACCCUCUGUCGCCUCUGCUGCUGCGGCCGACCUCGUUGGUUUAGAGUCGGUCGGUGCGGCGUCUGCCCCCAGCGGUAGGCGCCGCUCUGGCAAGGGCAAGGGAGGCAAGGGAGCGGGUGGAGCUAGCGGGGGCGGUGGCGGAGGAGGUGGGGGCGGCGGGGGGAGUGGGGGUGGCGGUGGGGGUGGUGGCGGGAGUGGAGGUUCUAGUGGCGGCAGUGGAGGCGCAGGUGGCGGCGGAGGUGGUGGCGGAGGUGGCGGUGGGAGCGGCGGGGGCGAGGGUGGCGGUGGCGGCGGUGGCGGCGGAGGCGGGGGUGGCGGUGGUGGAGGUGGUCGGAGUGGCUCGUCCCAGCGGAGCAGCACUGGGGGUGGGCUGGUGUAG